UUGCGGCAGCGGGCCGGGACAGCGCCCGCCGCGCCAGCUCGGCUGUGUCCCGGACUGAACGUGGGGAGUGCCGGCUAUGAGGAUCACUCCGCACGCAAUGAAGUCUUGCGGACGCCGCGCGCCAUUUUGGGUGACAGAGGCCCGCGGAGCGGCGAGUGGUGAGACAGGCCGUGGGACGGAAAGUGUUUAUCAUGUUGGGCUCUGGGUUCAAGGCAGAGCGUUUGCGAGUCAACCUGCGCCUCGUCAUCAAUCGCCUCAAACUACUGGAGAAAAAAAAGACUGAGUUGGCCCAGAAGGCAAGGAAGGAGAUUGCAGAUUACUUGGCAGCUGGAAAAGAUGAGCGUGCCAGGAUUCGUGUGGAGCACAUCAUCCGUGAAGAUUACCUUGUGGAGGCCAUGGAGAUCUUGGAGCUGUACUGUGAUCUGCUGCUCGCCCGCUUUGGCUUGAUCCAGUCCAUGAAGGAGCUGGACUCUGGCCUGGCAGAGGCAGUAUCGACACUGAUUUGGGCUGCUCCACGUCUCCAGUCGGAAGUGGCUGAGUUGAAGAUUGUUGCUGAUCAAUUGUGUGCUAAGUACAGCAAGGAGUAUGGGAAGCUGUGCCGGACAAACCAGAUUGGAACAGUCAACGACAGGCUGAUGCACAAGUUGAGCGUGGAAGCACCACCCAAGAUCCUGGUGGAGAGAUACCUCAUUGAGAUUGCAAAAAACUACAAUGUGCCCUAUGAGCCUGAUUCAGUGGUGAUGGCUGAAGCUCCAGCAGGCGGAGAAGCAGAUCUAAUUGAUGUGGGGUUCACGGAUGAUGUGAAGAAGGGUGGCCAUGGAGGGGGCGGAGGUGGUGGAUUUACAGCCCCAAUGAUAGGUCAUGAUGGGUUAGUACCCAUGCCCGUGAUGAUGCCUAUGCCUGUGCCAACAACAAAUCCACCCUUCUCCUAUCCACCUUCAAAGGGACCGGAGAACUUCAGUGGCCUGCCAGUGGGGACCUACCAGCCUUUCACUAACAUCCACCCACCACCAAUUCCGGCAAACCCACCCACAUACGAGUCCAUUGAUGAGCCUAACUCUGAAAAGGACGCUGCUGCACUAGUGCCUGGGCCCGAGACCAAGCCAGAAGCUUCUCCUAAACCAAGUGCUGGAGCUCCUAAUACCUUUGAUAACUUUGUGCUGCCAGAAUUGCCAUCUGUGCCAGACACACUGCCAACAGCAUCUGCUGGCGUCAUCUCUUCUGCCUCAGAAGACAUUGACUUCGAUGAUCUUUCACGGAGGUUUGAGGAGCUGAAGAAGAAAACGUAAAACUUCCUGGGCUGCAGGAAGCCCUCUUCCUGCUGUACUUACACCAAGAGCUGCUGCUUUCCUGAUCUUUGCUGCUCCAGGAGAUGAACUGUGGGAAUGUUGUUAGAGUGCGGCAGGGAAGAGCUCCUGUCAGUGUGGGUAGCUGUAUGGGAAAGCUGUGCAUGAUGUUCUGGGCACUGUUCCUGGCUGUCUCCAUGAUGUCUCCGUGCCUGCCGGCAGAGGCUUUCUCUUCGGGAGCCCUUGCUGGCGUUCAUGGUGUUCUCGGUGGGGUCUUUUUGCAGUUUGGAGAAGGGUGGCACUAUUUGCCUGAGCCUAUUGGGUAUGUGAUUGGUCCUGCAGAGGGCAGAGCUAGGCAGGCUCUGCUGCUGCCUCAGGGUUUUGAUGCAGCAGCUUUCCUCCCGGGUGCUGAGCAGCUGUGGAUCACCGAGGUCUGGGGGUGAGGCAGGAGAGUGGUCUGACGGAUACGCAGUGGCAUCUUGUUUACGCUACCCGAACCGUGAGCGAGGCAUCCCGGGACUGUAACGUACCUGUUCGUGGCGCUGUCUGCAGCUCUACCGCACCUGUCCGUGACCCUGCCCUGGCUGUACAUCAGUUGUCCCGUCCCUGUCCGCUUCCCCGGGGCUCGGGCCAUUUGUACUCGUUCAAUAAAGCGCGGUCCGGGGCUCGUCGUGUGCGCGCAUCGCUCGGGGCCGCGCGGCGCGCCCCA